AUGCCUCGCAUAUGGAAACAUCCGUCGAUAUCGACAACUCCUGUUAUCAAUGGGCCGCCGAUAUCGAGCACUCCUGUUAUCAAUGGGCCGCCGAUAUCGAGCACUCCUGUUAUCAAUGGGCCGCCGAUAUCGAGCACUCCUGUUAUCAAUGGGCCGCCGACAUCGAGCACUCCUGUUAUCAAUGAGCCACCGAUAUCGAGCACUCCUGUUAUCAAUGAGCCGCCGAUAUCGAGCACUCCUGUUAUCAAUGGGCCGCCGUCGAUAUCGACAACUCCUGUUAUCAAUGGGCCGCCGAUAUCGAGCACUCCUGUUAUCAAUGAGCCACCGAUAUCGAGCACUCCUGUUAUCAAUGAGCCGCCGAUAUCGAGCACUCCUGUUAUCAAUGGGCCGCCGUCGAUAUCGACAACUCCUGUUAUCAAUGAGCCACCGAUAUCGACAACUCCUGUUAUCAAUGGGCAGCCGAUAUCGAGCACUCCUGUUAUCAAUGAGCCGCCGAUAUCGACAACUCCUGUUAUCAAUGGGCCGCCGAUAUCGAGCACUCCUGUUAUCAAUGGGCAGCCGAUAUCGAGCACUCCUGUUAUCAAUGGGCCGCCGAUAUCGAGCACUCCUGUUAUCAACGAGCCACCGAUAUCGACAACUCCUGUUAUCAAUGGGCAGCCGAUAUCGAGCACUCCUGUUAUCAAUGAGCCGCCGAUAUCGAGCACUCCUGUUAUCAAUGAGCCACCGAUAUCGAGCACUCCUGUUAUUAUCAAUGAGCCGCCGAUAUCGAGCACUCCUGUUAUCAAUGAGCCACCGAUAUCGAGCACUCCUGUUAUCAAUGAGCCGCCGAUAUCGAGCACUCCUGUUAUCAAUGAGCCGCCGAUAUCGAGCACUCCUGUUAUCAAUGGGCCGCCGUCGAUAUCGAGCACUCCUGUUAUUAUCAAUGAGCCGCCGAUAUCGAGCACUCCUGUUAUCAAUGAGCCACCGAUAUCGAGCACUCCUGUUAUUAUCAAUGAGCCGCCGAUAUCGAGCACUCCUGUUAUCAAUGAGCCGCCGAUAUCGAGCACUCCUGUUAUCAAUGAGCCGCCGAUAUCGAGCACUCUCCUUGCCGCCAGGUCGGACCACCUCGGGUGCGGACUGCGGACUAGUGCGGACAGAUUUGAACGGAGGCGGGCUGGGAGCAUUGACUCUGUCCUCUCACUCUCUCACUAUCUCCAUCUCGCUCUAUCUCUCUCUGCUGCAACAGCCAACUCCAGCCUUGAGUUUGGGCCCAACAAAGUUGCCCAUGUGGGCUGUUUUCUGGACGCUGAUGUCGGCAGUCGGCUGCACUAA